GUAUUCCAACCACUACUGUUCACUCUCCUAUGAUCCUUAUUUUCAGACCUCUAUUUUGCCACUUGGAAAACUCUGUUCAGACUGAAAUUUUACAUGUGGGAAGGUGACCUUGGGGUCUACGUGUUCACAAAAUUUGAGCCCCGUCGGGUCUGCCACAUUAGGACACUUUGAUAAGCUUAUCUGGGAGGGUAUUCUGAUAAUUUUUUCCCUUAAUAUUGAUUGCGAGUUUUCAAACAUUUAAUUAGCUUGUGUGUGAUCACUGCAAUUGAAAAUAUCUGUUAUGAUUACACUAACUUUAUUCUGACGUUUGUUCAAUUUAUUUCCAGUUUAGUUUACUAACUUUUGUGCUCCAUUUCUUAUUUUCCAAUGAUGCAUUUAUCUUUCAAAUAGCUCUUCUUCUGCUUGGCUUCUGAAGGUUGCCCCUUGUACAGAAUAUAGACUUACUCUCAUUUGGGUUGUCACACAGGUUUAUGAGCAAUCAAUUGCGACAAUAUGCCUCCAGGACUGGCCAAGGAGCAGAAUGCUUGUACAAGUUCUGGAUGACUCUGAUGAUCCAGAUGUUCAACUUCUUAUCAAGGCUGAAGUACUGAAGUGGCAGCAGAAAGGUGUAAGGAUUUUGUAUAGAAACCGUCUUAUACGCUCAGGCUACAAGGCUGGCAACCUUAAAUCUGCAAUGAGCUGUGAUUAUGUAGAGGAUUAUGAGUUUGUUGCACUCUUUGAUGCGGAUUUUCAACCUGGACCUGAUUUCUUGAAGAAAAAUAUUCCCUACUUUAAGGGGAAUGAUGAUGUAGCAUUAGUCCAGACAAGGUGGGCUUUUGUAAACAAGGAUGAGAACUUGCUCACUAGGUUGCAAAAUAUAAAUUUCUCCUUCCACUUUGAGGUUGAGCAACAUGUUAAUGGUGUAUUUAUCAAUUUUUUUUGCUUCAGUGGAACUGCUGGUGUAUGGAGGAUCACAGCUCUCGAAGAAUGUGGUGGUUGGAUGGAUAGAACAACUGUUGAAGACAUGGAUAUUGCUGUUCGUGCUCACCUUUGUGGAUGGAAGUUCAUAUACUUGAAUGAUGUAAAGUGCCUCUGUGAACUCCCGAAGAGCUACGAGGCAUACAAGAAACAGAAGCACCGCUGGCAUUCAGGUCCAAUGCAGCUGUUUCGAUUAUGCUUUUUAGACAUCCUUCGUUCAAAGAUUAGUCGGGUGAAGAAGACCAAUCUGAUAUUGCUUUUCUUCCUCUUGCGGAAGCUUGUACUGCCUUUCUAUUCAUUCACCCUCUUCUGCAUUAUUCUUCCGCUGACAAUGUUCCUGCCAGAGGCUCAGGUCGUGUGUUAUGUGCCUGGAAUCAUGUCCAUUUUGAACAUUCUUCCUGCGCCAAGGUCUUUUCCAUUUAUUGUCCCCUACCUUCUAUUUGAGAACACAAUGUCUGUCACAAAAUUCAAUGCCAUGAUAUCAGGACUAUUCAAAUUCGGGAGUUCAUAUGAGUGGGUAGUUACUAAGAAGUUGGGAAGGUCAUCAGAGGGAGAUUCAAUUGCCUUCUCUGAAAAUGAAACUCAUCCUCUAGUAGAAAGGAAUGGUCUUGGUGGGUCUUCUUCAGAGUCGGACAUCACUGAGCUGAACAAGUUAGAGGCAGCAAAGAAAUUUGGAAAGCGUAAGAGAAACCGUUUGUACAGUAAGGAGCUUGCCCUUGCAUUUAUUUUGUUAAGUGCUUCUGUGAGAAGCUUGUUAUCUGCACAGGGGAUUCACUUUUCCUUCCUAUUGUUUCAAGGUAUCACAUUCCUUCUUGUGGGUCUUGAUUUGAUUGGAGAGCAGGUUAGUUGAUAUUCAUAACCGUUUUUCAUCGAGGAAUUUUUUGUUUAUGGAUAGCUCAUUUAAGUGGUACUUGGUGAAGAUUGAUGACUCAGGUUAUAGGUCACAUUGACCACAACCUACGGUGAUCUGCUGUUCACACAUUCUCUAAUUUUUCUCUCUCAGGACGUUAUUGAAGUUUCCUGGGUACAUGAUCCAGCAUUUCCAGGAAAUUUUGUUUGGCUACUAUAUAAGCAUUCUACUUAUUGAUUGUCAGAGAAAGGAGUAACAUGUUAUGUCUUGCCCAAUUACACAGCUCUGUUUAAUGUAAAUGUCUGGUUUUCAACAAUGGACAAGAGGAUGUGGGAACUCUACAGGGGAACAUAUGCUCUGUGUUUGGCUAGUUCUGUAAUUUUCUGUACAUUAGUUAGUUGUUCAGAUGAGGCAUCAUUAGAUUAUCAAAUUUGUAAUUCUUUUACUGUUAUUAAAUGAUUCAGUUAUAUUUAUUGUUUUUCUUAUGACAGAAUGCAAUCAUAUGUAUUGUUAGUUGUGAGUGGCACCAUUUUAGAAAUGUUUUAUCUUUCU